AUGAGGUACGAUGCGAUAAAGCUAUCCAUGUAUCUCAACUUUGUAUUUCUAGCCACUAGCUCCAAACUCUAGUUUCAUUGUUUGAUGGAGAGAAUUUAACCCAAUUGUCUCAAAAUUGAAGCAAUUGGAUCAAAUUGACUCAUUUCACAACUGAUAACAGAGAAUGCAGCAAUUAAACUGAGGCAGUUUGAAUCGCUUCGUUUUGCAUCAUUUUAAAUCGAUGCAUCAAUUAUGAGAUGAAAUAUUUUCGAGACGAUUAAAUCAAACUGCCUCAUUUCGGAAAUCCAUCAUCCAGACAUCCCUAACUUCCAACUACGGUAAUCGACUCGUUGGUAGGACAAAGUAAAAACUUGAGGGGAAGAUUCAGAGUAUGCUUACCAGGAGUCCAGGACCAAGAGGGUGACAUCUGUGUGCAUUAUUUCUCCAUAAUAAAAAAAACCCAAAGCUUUCUUUCCACACCGACCUUUAUUAUGAACUUUCUCUUCCCCCUGUCACAGUUCACCUGACCCAACAGUUUGGUAAUAUCUAGCUUUCAACGCCUGCAGACAAAAAGCAGAAAGCAGCAUAUCCAGCUCCCAUACUUUUGCUUAUUAUAGCUCCCUUUGUCUGGUUCCAAUAAUUUAAUCCUGAGUCCUAUACCCAGAGUCACAUGAACAACAGUCAGUUAAUCCAGCUCCAAUACUUUUGCUUAUUGUAGCUCCCUCUUAAUCUCUGUCUCACCUAGCUUUUGGUUCUUCAGUCGACCACAGAUUCUCUCAUGGCGAUUAAGAGCUCACCCUGCUCCAAUCCAUAUGGAUCAGCUGCUGCAAGUUUUGAAGAACACCUCAUGCAGCAAAAACUACUCUUCUCUGCCAAUCUCAAGGAAUUGAAGAGUCUCAGGAAACAGUUGUACUCUGCAGCUGAACAGUUUGAGGAGUCUUACAGGGAUGAAGUCAGGAAAGAGAUGGUGAUAGAUACCUGCAAGGACUACACCAUUAAAGCCCUGAUCAAUACGAUCGACCACUUGGGUUCCGUGGCGUACAAGAUGAACAGCUUCCUCGACCAUACAACGAGUGAAGUUGCAGCAGUGGAUCAACAAUUCGAUUCCCUGCAUCAGAGAGCAAAGACAUGGCAGCAUUACACAAACCGAGGAGGGAUCUAUCAGCACUCUCUGGCAUUCAAAGCUCCCAAGUACCACAAACAGUACAUAAUUCCAGAGGACGCGAAGGAGGCUGCAGAAUGGGAAGGAGAGAGCGUGACGACGGAGGAGGAUGAAGCUCGUAGUAGUAGAAGUAGCUCCAGCCUCGAAUUCAACUUCCAUCAUUUCGCCAAUGCUGUUCAGAGGAAAACUAGUGGCAGCAGCCCUUCCACCUUUCUAAGAGAAGGGCAUUCACAGUUCAAGUACUCACAGGGGUCUCCGAGACAACCACCGUUGGCAUUUUCAUGGAGUUUGACUAAUAGUAGUGGUAGAAGUAGCAAUAAAAAAAUAGCAGACUCUCCACAACGGUACCCACUUCUGCGAUCUGGAUCUCUGUAUCUCAAGAGAUCAAUUUCUCCAAACUAUGCCAAUGGGAAGCAAAGGAAUCCAUCAGCUCCACGGAGAUUGGUUACAUGGCCGGAACAUAGAGGAAUAGAUGGUGGGAGGAAUGAGAAUGAGCAGCAGGCCAGUAAAAGCAAACGCCUGUUCAGGGCCAUGGUGAGCUUGCGGGGAUCCAAGAAAGAUAAUGGUUCCAUCUACAAGCAACUGGACGAGAUCUGAAAACAAUAAGUUAGAAGGAAGACUUUGAAAGACACACUUAAUAUAGUUUUCAUUCAUCUUUUCUAAUGCUUCAGCUUCUAGUCUCAAGUUUAGCCAUUAUGGGCGUGGCCAUGCCCACAAAUUUCUGCCACAAGUAUGUAAAUGAAAUUUACAGCUUAUAUAUCAAGAAAAAGAGACCCAAAGUUCAAUUCUCAAAAUCCGAGAUCAAAACUAGGCAACUCCUCAAUGAUUCUGUUGCGCUGCUCAGAACUACUGCUUCCACCAUCACUCCUUGGGUCUUCUCUGGUAAAGGUCGUUGCAGAACUUGUAGUAUGUGAACCCAAACCUUCACCCCGGCAUUUGGUGCGUGUUUCCAUAUUGUCUAGAUUAUGCUGUUACAUUAGUUGGAAAAACUGUAUUUCAAUCUAAUUUGAAGAGAUGGCAACUAAAAAACUUUCAGGCAUAUUGGUCCAAACCUGGCUACUAUGGUCAGCUUCAGCGUCACCAGGGAUCCGACUAUAUCUGCUGGUAUUUUCUGCAGUACGAGGCAUGAAGCAUUAGAUAUUAUCUCGAAACAAGGCAUCUUUUAAGGAAGUCAAUGUACAAGAGGUACAAGGACUGAGACUUACGUUUUCUGCCUUCAAAAUCAUUAGUUAUCUUGCUUAAAUCCUUGUUUGCCAGAUUUUCACUUGUUCCAUGAACUGGGAAUAACACUGAGUCUCCAGCAGUGGAGGCUUGAAGCGCCUCAAUGGAGGAAACCCGAGCAAUUUGAUCGUGGUUGAUGCAUUCUGCAGCAGCACUCUUCUGGAGUGGUUUCUUAAGAACAGACAAGAUCUGCCAAGCUGCAAGGCUAAAACCCACCAUCAGUAUGAAGCAUAUAGUUAUCAAUAUCAACUUGUUCUUUUACAUUUACAUCUCGCCCUUCUUUUCAGACAGUGUUACUUUUAGAAGCAGUAAUGAAUGCUAAAAAUGACACGAAAACUGUUCCGACAGCGAAGGAAAUGACUUCUCUAAAAAUUAUAACUAACAUGAGCAUGGCUUGAUAAAAUGUGCAGGGAAUA